AUGUGUGGUUGUACUGUGAGCACCAAGGAUCAAAAGCCCUGCUUCGGAGGGGAAGCCCAUCCUUCAGGAUCCCCUCCAGCAACCUCCCUGUCUCCAACAAUGCUGAAAAGCAUCCCGAUAUCCAAACAACUGUCUUCUGUGAAAGCUCUGGGGAAAGGCUCAGACCUGGAAAAAGCCUUUGCUACUGCAGCUCUGAUUUAUAAUAACUCUUCUGACCCAGAUGGUAAACUCAGUAAAUCCGUCGCCAAAAACUUACUGAAGACCCAGUUUAUGAAUUUCAUCCAGGGACAAGAAAACAAACCCAAGUAUAAAGAGAUCCUUUCUGAGCUUGAAGAGCAAACAGAGAAUAAACUGGGUUUUGAAGAUUUCAUGAUCUUGCUCUUGAGUAUUGCUCUAAUGUCGGAUCUGCUUCAAGAAAUCUGGACAUCAAAAAUCACCAAGUGAAAUGGCAUAUCAGAAUGGCUAGAGGACGCCCAGGCAGUAGAAGAUGGUGAUAAAAGGUGCUACCACCUUUGAUCAAUUGCAAAUUUGUCUAAAGUAUAAAGCUUGUUGUAAAAAAAAAAAAAACCCUCCAUAUGGAGCUUGCUCUGUUACAUAUCAGAUCCAUCUCUCAUACCUACAGUGUUACAUCACACUUCUCUCUCCCUUUAACAGUGGAAGUUUGAAGGUGACCUCUAGCAUCAACUGGUUUCUGGCAUCCUGGUUUCCAAGAGCACUCUAUUGUGAGUCAGUUUCUCCUGAGUUAUAGGGAAAGAGCGCUAGUUUGAAUCAGAAGGCCUGAGUUUAAAUCCCUUUUCUCUCUCUUUUCUCAUCCAUAAAAUCAGGAGGUUAGACUCGACCUCCAAGGUCCCUUCCAUCUCUAGACCUGUGAGCUUACUUUGUUAGCAUGAUUAGAGGUACAACUUAGAAAGAUUUUCACCUGGACUUCACCAAAAGCUAUGGCCGUUGGUAGCACAGAGGAGAAUGCCCCUGUCACCAUAUGCUAGUGAAGGCUCUGGGCACAAGUAUCCUCAUCACUUUGUGUUCUGAUGCAGUACUUUAUAAACCUAACACCAGACAGUGGCUGAGCCUCUAGGAGACUAGACAGUUGCCCCCAGGCUCCUGAACUUAGCUUGAGGAAAUAUAAAUCACAUUAUAGCGAGAAGGCACCUUAAACUCUUUCUGAAUUAAUACCUUAUUGAAUGGCACCAGGAAAUCUAAGGGAUUGAUACAGCCUCCAGGUUGGAGUCAGAGAUUGUAUCCAUAGAGCACAACAGGGAAGGGGUGAACAGGGCUGAGAUGAUCUAGUUUAUUAGACUGUUGUCAUUAGCUAUUCUGAAUAAUUCAGACCUAAAAUAAUUGUGAGUUGUUUUUUUUUUCUUUUAAAUCGAAACUAUCCUGAGCAACUCUCCACACAGCCUGGUUAACCAGUCAGUUACAAUGGCCCUCCUCCUCCCAAGAGAGGAAACAGCUUAUGCAAUACAGGAAAUACUUUGAUUGUAAAAACUGUCUUUUGUGAAAUUGAGUGUUUAGUUAUUAACCUGUUUUUGUUUGCUUGAAUUUGCUGUUUACUGAGGGCAGUGGCUCCAAAAAAAUGGAAUACAGCAACAAUAAACAUUUAUUAAACAUU